CUGCGUCACCAAGACGCGCUGUGGUUCGCGGCGGGCGCCAUGGCGGAGGCUCCGGUUCAGGCCUGGGUUCACGGCCCCGGCUUCGGGCGCAGGGCGUCGCGGUGGGCCUCGGCUCGCUGCUGCGUGCUCGACCUCAUCCACAGGCACUGCCGGGAGCAGGGUGUUCCUGAGGACUGCUUCUUUGUGAGAUGCAAUGGAGCCCUUGUUGGGACUGGAGACACAGUGCAGCAUGGAGCUGUGUACACGCUGGAGCCCAGACUUUGUGGGGGAAAAGGAGGUUUUGGGUCUAUGCUACGUGCUCUUGGUGCUCAGAUCGAGAAGACAACCAAUCGAGAAGCUUGCCGGGAUCUCAGUGGGAGGAGACUACGAGAUGUCAAUCAUGAGAAAGCCAUGGCUGAGUGGGUGAAACAGCAGGCGGAGCGGGAGGCUGAGAAGGAGCAGCGGCGCCUGGAGCGGCUGCAGCGGCGGCUGGCAGAGCCCACGCCCUGCCUCGCCAGCCCGGACUACCAGCGGCAGUGCCACGAGAUGGCUGAGCGUCUGGAGGACUCGGUCCUCAAGGGUAUGCAGGCCGCCUCCAGCAAAUUGGUAUCUGCUGAGAUUGGUGAGCCCAGGAUACGGCCCCGAAGAUCAGACACAGACCCUGGACCCCAUGCAAGGAAAAGGAAGUGCUUGUGGUUGGGCAUGGAGAACCUGGAGACUGAGGAAGUGUCCUCAGAUGAGGACAGUGAGACAGUGCCGGCUGCUACAGGACUGAGCUGCUCUGCUCCAGAAAGCGGUCGUGGCAGUGCUGUGAUGACAGCCGAGUCCCCCUGCUGCUCUCAGAGUGUGGGGGCAGCCAGUGCAGGCGCUGCGGCCCCAGCAAAACCCGAAGGCCAGCUGACUGACCCCGGGGCGGGCGUUGCCGAAGCCGGGGAGGCUCCCGCUGAAGAGGGCCGCGGGGAGGAGGCGGGAGGAGAAGCAGAGAGGAUCCAGGGGAGAAAGGAGACAGAGAGUCAAGAGCCUGCUGAAGACACAGCCGCCGCCAGGCUGACGGAGGGCCAGGAGGCAGCAGGAGUCACCGGUAGAGGCAGGGCUGCCCUGGUUGAGCCUGGAGAAGACACCCCCGGUGCCAAACCGGAGCGGCGCCCGUCAGGUCACGCAGUUCCUGGGCAAGGAGCGCUGGACUUGUUGGCUUUUGGCAGUUCGUCGGAGCUGGAGCAGCUGGGGUUGGAAAGGCUCAAGUGGGAGCUGACCUUGCGGGGGCUGAAGUGUGGGGGUGCCCUGCAGGAGCGGGCAGCCAGGCUCUUCUCCGUCAGGGGGCUGGCUCCGGAGCAGAUUGACCCCGCCUUAUUUGCCAAGCCUGGCAGGGGAAAGAGGAAAUGAGAAGGGGUGGGGGGCAGCCGUAUGCAGUAUGCAGUCGGUCUCAGGGUUGGGCUUCUUGUGGCCAGAGGUCCCCAGGAUACUGAAAGCAGCUUCUCCCCUUCGUUACUGCAUACGUGGAAUCAGUGUGUGAAACCCUCUUGGGGCCUGGUGUUUUCCUUAUAGGAGGUUUUGUACAUACAUUUUAGUGUCUUAAAUGUUG